AUGAAAAUGCGAGUGAAAAUGAUGUUGAACGCAGCAAAUGUAAUUUCAUAUUUGCACUCAAAUGGGAUAUUACACAGAGAUAUCAAGCCAGACAAUAUCUUAGUGUUCCGACUUGUUUUAAACAACAAAGCAAAUGCUAAGUUGACUGAUUUUAUAGCAAGUCGAAAUGUCAACAUGUUGAUGACGAAUAUGACAUUCACUAAGGGAGUUGGAACACCUAAAUAUAUGGCACCUGAAAUUAUGAACAAAAAGCAUUACAAAAAAAUAGCAGAUGUCUAUUCUUUUGCUAUUACAAUGCUUGAAUGCUUUUUGUGGAGUGAGGCGUUCCCAAAAAGUAGUUACAUAUUUCCAUGGACUAUUGCAGAUUAUGUAUCUACUGGGAAAAGACCAGUGACCAUUAAAACACUUAAUAAAAAGUAUAGAAAUGUCAUUGAAAGUGUUGGAAACAAAAGAUUCAAGAGAGUGGUACUAUCAAUGAAAUCAUUGAUGAGCUUAAAACAAUAA